AUGAAGGACGACUUGAAGAUGCCUCUCAUGGCUGGUGGUCAUGCAGAGUUUGCUCAGCAGAAGAUGCGACACCACAACGGCAACGGAUUGUCCAGCAAACCGCACUCAAAGCGAAAGAGAGCCAGGUCCUGGCUUCGUCGGGCCAAAGACAUCUGCUUAAAACACACCUGGGUCCUGCCUCUUGCUCUCCUCGUCAUUCUCCUGGCCGCAUACGCCGUCAAUCCGACAGAGUCCAACCCGAUACACUAUGGCAUAUUUCUCUCCUAUCCAUUGCCGCCGGAGACACCGGGUGGGCCAGUUCUGUACGGGAAAGGGAAGCUCGAUAUCGCCUUUGUGGCAUUUUACACCAUUGUGCUCUCUUUCACCCGUGAGUUCUUGAUGCAAUGCGUGAUCCGGCCGUGGGCUCUGUAUGCCGGGAUCAAGGGCCGCUCGAAGAUCGCACGGUUCAUGGAACAAGUGUACACGGCCAUGUACUUUAGCAUCUUUGGGCCGUAUGGGCUGUAUGUCAUGAAGCAGACGGAUAUCUGGUACUUCAACACCACGGCCAUGUUUGAGAAUUUUCCGCAUAGAUCACAUACCGCGGACUUCAAAGCAUAUUACCUCCUCGAGGCCGCAUACUGGGCUCAGCAGGGCAUUGUGCUGUUGUUGAUGCUGGAGAAACCUAGGAGAGACUUUAAGGAGCUGGUUGGACAUCAUAUCAUCACGCUCGCGCUCAUUGCGCUGAGCUACCGGUUCCAUUUCACUUAUAUCGGUCUCGCCGUUUACAUCACACACGACAUUUCUGACUUCUUCCUUGCUACGUCGAAAACACUCAAUUAUCUGGACUCGCCGAUCAUCACACCCUUCUUCGCCCUUUUCGUUGCCGUCUGGGUUUACAUGAGACACUACCUUAACCUCCACAUCCUCUGGGCCGUCCUGACAGAGUUUCGAACCGUUGGACCCUUCGAACUCAACUGGGAGACCGAACAGUACAAGUUCUGGGUCAGUCAGUACAUAACAUUUGGUCUCCUGGGCUCUCUCCAGGCCAUCAAUCUGUUCUGGCUCUACCUUAUCAUCCGCAUCGCCAAAACAUAUGUCUUUGGCAACGAACUGCAGGAUGAACGGAGUGACAAUGAAGAAGACGACGAGAUUGAAGAAUCAAUCACAACCGGUGAAGCGAACGGAGUCCCCAUUCCAACACUCCUAGUCAACGGCCAUGCUACGAAGGAAAACCUCGACCCGGUUGAGAACGGAUUAUCUACCGGACUACUUUCUAACGGAAAUUCAAACGGUGCCGCCACGAAACGCAAAUGA